AUGAGCGGACCUUACAGAGUUUGUAUAAAUCGUUUACAAAAAGAAUAUCUUGAGAUUCAACGUAAACCUGAGAAGCAUAUCUUAGCAAGACCUUCACCUACCAAUCUUUUAGAAUGGCAUUAUAUUAUAUUUGGACCUGAGGGUUCUCAAUACGAGGGUGGUGUAUAUCAUGGUCAACUUAUAUUCCCACCUGAAUAUCCUCAUAAAGUAUCAAUUCUUAUGUCUACACCAUCAGCAAGAUUUGAAUGUAAUACUAGAAUAUGCGUAACAAUGAGUGAUUUUCAUCCAGAAUCAUGGAAUCCAUUUUGGAAUGUUUCAACUAUAUUACUUGGUUUAUUAUCAUUUAUGACUGAAGAUGUACAGGGUAGUGUUGGAUCAAUAACAGCACCAAAGUCAGUUAGAAUGAAAUAUGCAGCGCAAUCAAAGAGUUUCAAUUGUCAGAAUCAAACUUUCAAAAAGGUAUUUCCAGAUCUAUAUCAAGAGUUUAAAAAAGAAAUGAAAGAAAAAAGACAAGCUUCAUCAUCUUCAUCAUCGACAUCAUCUCCACAGAAACAAACAAUACAGAAACAACAACAAGAUCAACCACAAACAUUACAACAACAGUUACAACAACCAAAACAAAAUAUAAUACUCAUUAUAUCUUUAUUUAUUGUAACAUUAUGUAUAAUUGGUGUAUUCAUUGUAAAAAGAUAA